AGGCUUUUCCAUAUUUAAAUUUUACUCAUGUUAUCGACUGUUUAUUCCUAAGUGUCGACACUAUGGCCAAGACCGAGACAGCAGACCCGUUCCGACAACGUAAUCUGCGGGCAGGUUUCAUUGGACUGGUCUUACUCGGAGGGACCUCGCUGAUUAUCUUUGUUUUUUUUUUAUCUCUACGAGAACGAACCAAAUUUCAAUGCUAUCUUACAUACUUGACGACAUUAGCACUUCUUAUUCUUCUGGUAGGUCUCGUUUUAUUCGUUAUGAGAAUUGGGCGAUGGAUAACAAUUUUUUUAAUCUCCUGAGCGGUCAAAUCAAAAUGAUGAUUCCAUUUGUUUUCAGCUGGGGGUUUUCAACGGAUCUUCUCUGUUAAAGAUUCUGACGAGAGCUCUUUAUCUUUAUACUCUGAUAGGGUUCUCCUGUCCGCUUCCUUUUUAGCGAAUAAUCCGAAUGGGACCUAUCACGAUAAGUCACCUUGUUACUACACUCGACUUCGGAAAGCUCCCAAGAAACCUGAAGAAUCUGCCUCUAAUGACCAGAAGACAGCGAAAUGCCGUAAACACGAGUGAGUCACGGCAAUUUUUUGAAAUGGGGCAGACCAUAACAUGAAUACAUUUUCGGGUGGUUGUAGGAGGUUGUGUGGGGCAAACAAUUCUGGAAAUUCUGGGAAGAGUGGCAAGUUUAGAAUAAAUAAGGAAAGUAAGUAUGGAAAGUAUAAAUUAGGAAAAGUAAGGACAACUUGACCGUCUUGGGGAUCUUUGCGGUGCUAAGGGCCUGUGAGGACAGGCAAAGCGACAAAAAGUUUAAACAAGAUGCCCAAAUUUUCUGAGAAUUCCAUACUUCAAAAAAGAACAAAGGUGACCUUGGGGAGGAAGGGACAAUGUCCUCGAAGCAAAGGAUGGGUAAGAAGUAUAUUUUUACCCCAUAUUAUUUUGCCUUCAGACCAAGUGCAAAAUCAUGUGAGGAAGCCAACAAAUAUUUCAAUAAUCCUAACUACGACCCAACACCUAGAAGAUGCAGCACGAAGAAUAACGAAGAUAUCUGCCAGGUCAUAAGCUACAGCAGAAGCGAGUCGCCAGACUUCAAAUGUGACGUCACAGUAUGCGGGGGGUCCCUUGUUUCCAUCACAAAGGUCGAUGCGAAGACGGGUCUGGUGGCUUCGGCAAUAUAUGAACCCCUUCGAUGUCAAUAAAGUCAAGGAAAUGGCAAAAAAGGUUCUGGAUGAGGGGUUCUCCUUCGUGUUUCUCCGUUGCAAUGGGUUUCAACAAGUGCUGAUGUUCCCACCUAAGCGAAUACAGCCAAAAGUCCCUUUGAAAAAGAGAAUUAAUAUUAAUAUAGUCGUGGUUGACUCUGUCGCAAGGACGCACUUUUUCCGGGCGAUGAAGAGAUCUGUGUCUGCCAUGCGGGAGAUUAUUUAUGACGACACCAUUCCGGCAACUGUACUGGACUUUGAGUUUUUCCACGGAAUCAGCAUGCACACCUUUGAUAACAUCCGACCGCUGUUUUCAAGCAACAGCAGCAGCGAGUCGCCAGACUUCAAAUGUGACGUCACAGUAUGCGGGGGGUCCCUUGUUUCCAUCACAAAUACAUCAUAAGGCGCAAGCGCGGCCCCUCUGAUCUCGUACCAGCACUUCAACAUGGGGCAUACUCCCACAGGGACGCGCGUCACUAACGAUGACGAGCCGUUAGCGCAGUUUCUUAACGCAAUCGCGAACGACCCGAACACGCUCACGAAAGUGCUUUCGGAUCACGGGCUCACGCGCACAUCAUACGCAAGCACAGACGAAGGCCAAAACGAGCUAUACAGUCCAUUCCUUUUUAUGGUACUGCCUAAUCACGUAGCUUUUUUACUUGGGAAACAGAGAGUUGAGGCUUUAUUAAAGAACCAACAACGGAUCUUCACAACAUUAGACUUGCAUAAAGCGCUGAUGUCUCUUCACAGUACGGAUAAGCCAUCAAGUAAUUAUAAACAAGCGGGGAUAUUUGCUAAAAUCUCUGCGGACAGGACGUGCUCUGAUCUAUCGUUGUCGCCGUUGGCGCGCUGUCGCUGCAAAGGCUGGGACGAGACGGCUGAGGAGAACUCGCCACGGGUCAAAUGGCUGGCGGAGUUUGCAGUAGGCACGCUCAAUGACCUCAUACAAGAGCAGUACGUGAAAGGUCUAUCCGACGCUCAGUCAAUCCCGGGAAACUGCGUGAGCCUGCUUGGCAAAUCCUUUUCCUCCAUCAGACAAAGAAGUGAUGGCAAAAGCAAAGUGACCACAUUCGACCUUCACGUGACUGCGCAUGCCUCGGUACCGCUGACCGAAGACGUAGUAUUCAAGGUCGCAGUUUCACAUGGUGACGGAGUAUACCCGGCGCUGAAAUCUUACUCCAGACAUUCACUGUACAAGAAAUUCAAGAAUUGCUCCGACAAACAGGUCGACCUUAAGCUUUGUGUCUGUUCCAACAAACCAAGAACCUGCAAUACAUCACAAUAUAUGAACGAAGUUAUUUCCCCCAAUGUCUUUGGAUCGAAAUCAGAAGUGAAGGAUAUCAGUGGAGGCUGUGUUUUCUUGAUAACGCGUUGUCACGGUGGUUUUACCUUGGUGUACGAGGUCGCAAACUUGUGUCCUGUUAAGAAGCAAAUAGUUUUUGAAGGCUCGGACUAUUAUGUAGAUAUUUCCAUGAAACUGCCAAGAACCAUAGACGCUGAACCAAACACCGCGUAUUUUGUGAUAUCCGGAGUGCGUAGAAUUAUGGCAUUAAGCUAUUUAGAAUUUAAGACUCGUGUUGUUUGAUAAAGAUGAUUGCG